GUCCGCGUUGUGACAAGGAAAAUUUGCGAACCACUUGAGGAGGACUCAUUCCGGCCAAUUCUUCACCAUUACGAUGGCCCUAAGUUUCGCCUCGAAUUAAACAUCCCAGAGGCUCUCUCUCUACUGGACAUUUUUGCAGAGAAAAAUAUACUGAAUAGUUUGUUAAAUUGAAAAAGUCUAUUGUACUUGGGCAAUAUAUGUGAUAUACAGACAAUAUACAAACUAUUUUGUAAUCCAGUAGGUUUUUGUUACAUAUAAUAAAAGUAAAUGAAUAGUUCAAUUUGUUUGA